GUGGGGACGGGAUGUAGUAUUUUUCUCGCGAUAAUGAGGGCUAUGUGGAAUCUAAUGCGAUUUUGCGAGCUUCGUCACUCUGUCCCUAAGUUCUGAAGGCCGAAAUUAUGUGGCAGUGAAUGCAGGGGGAGAAAGGAGCGCACUUCGCUUUCCAUUCCCCAGGAAUUACUUUAUCUUUCUUUUUCAUUCCCUCUUUUCCCCCGCUUGCACACACUAAUGACUUGCCCUUGCUUGUAUUUAGCUGCAGCUCACUUGUUCUGAUUUAUCUCAUAAGGCUUCUCCAAUACUCUGCAUCGAGAAUUUGAUUGAACUCCGAAAAUGGUUUCAAGAUCGUACUCAAAUCUAAUGGAUCUUGUUUCUGGUGAUUCGCUCACCGUUGGACGAGUCGGCAGAAGGCUGCCUAGAGUAAUGACAGUAGCCGGUAUCAUCUCCGAUCUAGAUGAGGAAAACUCAAAUAGUGUGGUUUCUGAUGCCCGAUCUUCGGUUUCUCAAGAUCGAGUAAUUAUAGUAGGCAAUCAGCUCCCUCUUCGUGCUCACCGCAUGCCGGACAACAAUGGCUGGAACUUUAGCUGGGAUGAGGAUUCUUUGCUCUUACAGCUCAAGGAUGGUCUCGGGGAAGAUGUCGAAGUUGUGUAUAUUGGCUGCCUUAGGGAGGAGAUUGAUCCAAAAGACCAAGAUGAUGUUUCACAAACCCUUCUGGAGACCUUCAGGUGUGUUCCCACAUUUCUGCCUCCCGAACUCUUCAGCAAAUUCUAUCAUGGUUUCUGCAAGCAGCAAUUAUGGCCGCUGUUUCACUAUAUGCUCCCUCUUUCUCCUGAUCUUGGUGGUCGCUUUGAUCGCUCGCUGUGGCAAGCCUACGUCUCUGUGAACAAAAUUUUUGCUGACAAGAUCAUGGAAGUAAUCAGCCCUGAAGAAGAUUUUGUCUGGGUUCAUGACUACCAUCUCAUGAUCCUGCCAACAUUCUUGAGAAAGAGAUUUAACCGAGUCAAGCUUGGAUUCUUUUUGCACAGUCCUUUCCCUUCUUCUGAGAUUUACCGAACACUUCCUGUCAGGGAUGAGCUUCUCAGGGCCCUCCUCAACUCUGAUCUGAUUGGAUUUCAUACCUUUGAUUAUGCCAGGCAUUUUCUUUCCUGUUGUAGCAGAAUGCUUGGCCUUUCUUACCAAUCUAAGAGGGGCUAUAUUGGGAUCGAGUAUUACGGACGCACUGUUAGCAUCAAAAUUCUUCCUGUUGGGGUUCACCUCAGGCAGCUUCAAUCCAUACUAGACCUUCAUGAGACAGAAUCCAAAGUUGUUGAACUACUCGACCAGUUUAAGGGCCGGACCGUCUUGCUUGGAGUUGAUGAUAUGGACAUAUUUAAAGGUAUCAGCUUGAAGCUUCUGGCAAUGGAACAGUUUCUCAUGCAGCAUCCCGAAUGGGAAGGAAAGGUUGUUUUGGUGCAGAUUGCAAACCCAGCCAGAGGCCGAGGCCGAGACGUCCAGGAGGUACAGACCGAGACGUACUUAACAGCCAUGAGAAUUAACGAGACAUUCGGAAGACCAGGUUACGAACCCAUAGUUCUCAUUGAUAGCUCGCUCCAGUUCUACGAGAGAAUUGCUUAUUAUGUUAUAGCUGAGUGCUGCCUUGUUACUGCAGUAAGGGAUGGCAUGAAUCUCAUCCCUUAUGAAUAUGUUAUUUGCAGGCAAGGAAAUGAGAGAUUGGAUAACCUGUUGCAGCUGGAUGUAUCAGAACCAAAAAGGAGUAUGCUUGUUGUCUCAGAGUUCAUUGGGUGCUCGCCAUCGCUUAGCGGAGCUAUUCGUGUCAACCCAUGGAAUGUCGAUUCAGUGGCGGAAGCCAUGGAUACAGCAUUGGCAAUGAGUUACAACGAGAAGCAGCUUCGCCAUGAGAAACACUAUCGUUAUGUGAGCACCCACGAUGUUGGUUAUUGGGCGAAUAGCUUCUUGCAGGAUUUGGAGAGGACGUGUCGCGACCACGGUAGGAGGAGGUGUUGGGGUAUUGGUUUUGGUUUGGGCUUUAGGGUGAUUGCUCUUGAUCCCAAUUUUAGAAAACUUUCUGUGGAACACAUUGUUUCGGCGUAUAGAAGGACGAAAAACCGAGGUAUCCUUUUGGAUUAUGAUGGAACCAUGAUGCCUCGAACAUCUAUCAAUAAGAAGCCUACUCCUGAAGCUAUAAGCAUCCUCAAUAGCUUGUGUAGGGAUCCAGACAACCUAGUUUUUUUGGUUAGUGGAAAAGACAAGGAUACUCUCAGUGAUUGGUUUUCACCUUGCAACAAACUUGGUCUUGCUGCAGAGCAUGGGUACUUCAUGAGGCAAAACCAAGACUCAAACUGGGAGACACGCAUCCCCGUUCCGGAAUUUGACUGGAAGCAGAUUGCUGAACCUGUUAUGCAGUUAUACACGGAAACAACCGAUGGAUCGAGCAUAGAAGCGAAAGAAAGCGCGCUUGUUUGGCAUUAUCAAUAUGCAGACCCUGAUUUUGGUUCAUGCCAGGCCAAAGAACUUCUAGACCACCUUGAAAGUGUUCUUUCAAAUGAGCCUGUUUCUGUCAAAAGUGGCCAACAUUUUGUUGAAGUUAAGCCACAGGGUGUCACAAAGGGCUUAGUUGCAGACCACCUUUUGUCGAUGAUGCGGGAGAAGACUAAACUUCCAGAUUUUGUUGUUUGCAUUGGUGACGAUCGAUCGGAUGAUGACAUGUUCGAGGUCAUCAAUAGUGCAAGGGCAGGGUCUGCUUUGUCUCCCAUCGCCGAAGUUUUUGCUUGCACUGUCGGGCAGAAGCCGAGCAAGGCCAAAUACUAUCUGGAGGAUACAACAGAGAUUGUAAGGAUGCUGCAGGGGCUUGCAAUGGCUUCAGAUCAAAUGGGGCUUGUUUCAGCCUCUCAGGCUCUCAGUAUUUUCGAAGGCGACUAAUGGAUGCAAUGGAGAUUGCAAGAAUGCUGCAGGGUUUCUUUCUUGGUGGGUUUGGUUCUGAUCAUUUGUUGUGGGUGUAUAUAUUUUUGAUGAAAAAAUUAUAUAUUUAGGCGAGUUUAUAGUUGGCUAGUUAUAUAUUUUGUGAUUGGGUUGUGCUAUUGUGAUGGUAGAAUGUAUAUUUAGUCUUCUUCAUUUUAAAUUCUGAGUUUGUUUGUG